GCAUGGCGCGGUAUAAAUACCACGUGUUUUAGAGUUGCAGAACAAAUGUAAUGUCAUUAUACAUUAAUAAAUAUUAUUUUUCGUUUUUUCUAUUAUCUGUAAAGAUAGCCAAUGAAAUAAAAAAAUGAGUAGCAGUCACUUGAAGGAAUCGUUUGAGGUGGAGAGUAAAUAUGAGGCUUUUUAUACUGGAGGAAACAUUGAGUGGUGUGAAGAUGGAGAAAACCUUUUUUGUCAGAAUUCGGAUUUUAUAUCCAUAGUUUCAACAUCAAAAGGUGCAAUAAAACACAAAUUAGGUCAAAUUAAAGAAGAUGAAGAUAAAGAUACAAUUAAUAGUUUCACAGUUAGCAAAGAUGGCAAUUUUAUUGUAACACAUCAUAAGAGUACUUUAUUUAAAUUGUGGAAUGUGCUUGAAUGUAAACCUAUAAAAGUUUGGAAGUCAACUCACAAUGGACCCGUAUCUGCAAUAGUUUUAACACAAGAUGCCACAAAUAUGGCAUCUGGAGGAAUUGAUGGAUCUGUAAAAUUAUAUGAUAUUUCACAUCAUACUUGUACACAUAACUUAAAAGGUGCUCAAGGUGUUAUUGGUAUUGUUUGCUAUCAUCCUGAAAUGGACAAAGAAUUAGUUUUUGCAUCUGGUGAUGAUUAUGUCAUUCAUGCCUGGAGUACUAAGACAGGCAAAAAAGAAAUUCGUUUAGAAGGACAUUUUAGUAAAGUCACAGCAUUAUCCUUUCAUGAAGAUGGAGUUCAUGCUUUAAGUUCAGGCAGAGAUAAAGUUUUGAUACUGUGGGACUUGGUGAAGAAAGCAUCAAUAAGAAUUAAUCCUGUAUAUGAAUGCAUAGAAGGUUGUUUUAUCAUUUCCAAUUCUGCAAUUUUACCCAUAAAAAAGAAAGAAUCAGCAAUUUAUGCAGCCAGUGCAGGAGAAAAAGGUGUUGUUAAAAUAUGGGAAAUGAAAUCUGGUCAAUUGGUUUAUGAACAAACUAAUUCAUUGAUACCACCUGCUGAUGAAGAAAAUGGUUUAGCUAUAAAAUCUUUGCUCUACAAUAAAGACAGUAAUAGUAUUGGGCUUGUUUCAACUAGUCACAAUAUUUUAAUUUAUACAUUGGAUAAAUUUGAAUGUAAGAAACAAUUAAUAGGAUUUAUAGAUGAAAUUUUAGAUAUUACAUACUUAGGAACUAAUGAUUCACAUUUGGCUGUAGCAACUAACACUGCCGAUAUUAAACUUUAUGACUUAUCUACAAUGAGUUGUCAGAUAUUAAGUGGUCAUAAAAAUAUAGUAUUGUGCUUGGCUUCAACUCCUGUUAAUCAAAAUUUACUUUUAUCUGGUGAUAAAGAUCAUUGCGUAAAAUUGUGGGUAAUGGAUGAAGAAACCAAAGUGGUGACUUGUAUAGCUUCAGGAAAUCGACACACUGCGCAAGUUGGGUCUGUUGCUUUAUCUCAAGCAGAAGCUAAGUUUUUCGUAUCUGCUAGUCAAGAUCAAACUCUUAAAGUGUGGAAUUUACCUGAAAAUUUAUCAUAUACUGGUAAAGAAAUCAUCUUUGACUCUCCACGCUCUAUACUAGCCCACGACAAAGAUAUAAAUUGUGUGACAGUAUCUCCAAACGAUAAACUAAUAGCUACAGGUUCUCAAGACAAAACAGCUAAGUUGUGGUCGGCUGAUUUACAAUUAUUAGGAGUUUUUCGCGGUCAUCGACGAGGCGUUUGGUGCGUACGGUUUUCCCCAAUAGAUCAAAUAUUAGCAACUUCCUCUGCCGAUUGCACAAUAAAGCUAUGGUCUAUUACUGAAUUGAAUUGCUUAAAGACUCUGGAAGGUCACGAUUCUGCUGUAUUGAGAAUGGAAUUUCUGUCCCGCGGAAUGCAAAUUAUUUCUUCUAGUGCAGACGGUUUUCUGGAAUUGUGGAGCGUUAAAUACGGAACGUGUGAUCUUACCUUAGAUCAACAUGAAAAUAGAGUUUUUUCAUUGGCUGUGAAUAAGACCGAAAAUCGUCUCGUGAGCGGCGGUAGUGAUUCUUUACUGAUUAUUUGGAGAGACACCACCGAAGAGAAAAAAGCUCAAGCUCAAGCAUUGAAAGACCAACAAGUACUUGAUGAGCAAAAAUUAGCAAAUUGUUUGCAAGCUGAAAAGUUGACAAAAGCACUAAAAUUAGCUCUUAAACUUCAAAAACCACUACAUGUUUUCCGCGUAAUAGAAGCAUUAGUGAAAAAAGAUAGUGAUGAUCUUAACUCUACAAUCUGUGACUUGAAACCAUCACAACAAGAGGAACUUCUGAAGUGUGCUGUUAUUUGGAAUACAAAUUCUCGCAAUUAUCAAGUAGCACAGCUUGUUAUCAACAUCAUUCUUAACGAAAUUGGAUUAGAGAAUCUUCAGUCAGUAGAUUUGAAAGCAAAGUUAGAAUCAAUGAUACCCUAUACAGAUCGACAUUUCAAAAGACUGACUCGACUUUAUCAAGAUUUACAUCUGCUAACAUAUACAAUAAACAAUAUGAAAGCUCAUAGCAGUGUUGAAGAUGUAGUUGAUAAGUAAAUGCUAUUUUAGUUAGAAUUUAAUAAAGUAA